AUGGGCUAUUUCUCUUGCAAUGCAGAGUCUGCGAUUGCAACUUGCGAUCCGUACAACUGGGAUUCAUAUCGCAAGCGAAGAAAAAACGAAAACAGAAUAAAAACCAAAACCAAACCAAUCAAAAUCAGAGAGUUCAGUUACACUGAACUUGUCAAAGCCACCGAUGCUUUCUCCGCAGAAACCUUCCUUGGCAAAGGCAGCCAUGGAAUCGUUUAUAAAGCCUCUCUCAGCCAAGGCAAGUUAAUAGCCGCCGUCAAAAAGACAACCCAUCAAAUAAAUUUCUGCAACAGCUAUAACACUAACUGCGCGACGGUUCCUCCGGCAGACAACGAGAUUGAAAUUCUAUCCAGAGUUCAGCAUCCAAGAUUGGUAAACCUCCUUGGUUUCUGUGUUGAUUCUACAGACAGUAAACUACUUGUCGUCGAGUACAUGCCAAACGGUUCAUUAUACGAUCUUUUACACUCCAGUUCUAGACCUCCCGGCUGGACCAGGAGGGUUCGGUUCGCAUUACAAACAGCAAAAGCGGUUCAAGCUCUUCACUCCUCCAACCCGCCGGUGAUUCACAGAGACAUAAAAUCAUCAAAUGUGCUUAUCGAUGAAAACUGGAAAGCGAGGUUAGGCGAUUUUGGUCUUGCCUUAAGAGGACACGUGGAGGAUGUUCGCGUAAAGUGCACGCCACCGGCGGGUACUUUAGGGUAUCUUGAUCCAGGCUAUCUUGUGCCAGGUGAUUUAAGCGCCAAGAGUGACGUGUUCAGUUUUGGGAUUUUGUUGUUAGAGAUCAUUAGUGGCAGAAAUGCUAUUGAUGUAAAUUACAGUCCUCCUUCUAUUGUUGACUGGGCAGUUCCGUUAAUUAAAAGAGGUGAUUUUGGGGCAAUAUUUGAUAACCGGGUGGCUUCGAUGCCCGACCUGGCUGUGAUCCGGAAUUUGGCUGUUUUGGCUGCUAGGUGCGUGAGAUCCACGGCUGAAAAGCGUCCAGGAAUGGCGGAGGUUGUUGAAGGCUUGAAAAUUGUUAGUAAAAGAAUCCAUGCGCCGCCUAUUUGGAAUCAUUUUAGAAGGCGCGUGUGGCGCGUGGAGGAGGUGGAUUUGGUCGGCGAUACAAGUGAAGAGGUUGUUAAUGCCAACGUUAACAAGACGGUUAGAGUAGGAAGUAGGAGAAAUAGUAAAGUAUCGAGUGUUUCGAGCGUAGAGUAUGGAAAUGAAACAAUUGGUUUAGUAGGGGAUAGAGUGAUUAGGUCGAAAUCUAUUGGUUCUUUUGGUGAGAUAAAAAUGGGGUCUGAUUAUUUUAAGAGAAAACCUGGAUGGGUGGCAGUGAAAAAACCUGCGGUGAAAUUAGGCAAGUCGAGGUCUAUGGGUGUAUUGCGUAGUCCUAGGCUUGUACAUUACAACAAGAGAGGAUUUGUGUUUGAAUUUGGGACAGUAAGUGAUCAAGUAGACAAUGAUGUUGCCACUAUGCCAAAGUUGUUGAUUGGUUUGGAUGAGAAAUUGGAGCAAAAGAUGCAAGAGAAGCCAUUGGUGUCAAACUAA